AUGGGUACUCGAUUAUCUGUAUCACUGGAAGACCCAGAAGUUUCACCUCGAACAGACCGUCCUCCCACUUUUGAUCCACUCUAUGGAUUUCCUAAAGGACGAAAACCGCGUGAAAUGAAGGCAACAUGGGAGGAAAUGGAUCACUGGAAGCUAGAAUUCGGUGAUCGUGAUUAUUGUGCUCACUUACUGAUCAAUCUCAAAAAGUGCCAGCGACAGUAUGCUCCGUUUGGGCAUUAUUAUUGCAUAGAUGAUUAUCAUGGAUGGCAGAACUGUGAGUAUGAAGAUCAUAUUUUGAGGAUGAAAGAAUUCGAAAGAGAAAGGCGGUUACUGAAACGGGCCGCCCGUAAAAAAGCUGCUCAAGGGGAUUCGAAUAAUGCUUAG